AUGCAGCAAAUUUGGCUAUCUCUACUAUCCAGCAUGUGCCUUCGGCUGUUUUUCCUUUGCAGUGCUGAGGAAGGUCUUGAGUUCCCUAAUUUUGACGGGAAGGACAGGGUGCUGGACAUCAACGAGCGCAACUACAAGAAAGCUCUGAAGAGAUACGACCUGCUGUGCCUGUUCUACCAUGAACCACUGCCCGCCAACAAGGGCCUGCAGAAGCGGUUCCAGAUGACAGAGCUGGUGCUAGAGCUCACAGCUCAGGUCCUGGAGAACAAAGACAUCGGGUUUGGGAUGGUAGACUCCCAGAAGGAUGUCAAAGUAGCCAAAAAACUGGGUCUGGAGGAGGUGGGCAGCUUGUAUGUCUUCAAGGACGACCGUGUCAUUGAGUUUGAUGGCGAGCUCUCAGCAGACACACUGGUGGAGUUUCUGUUGGAUGUGCUGGAGGACCCAGUGGAAAUGAUCAAUAAUGCCAUGGAGCUGCGAGCGUUCGAGAGGAUGGAGGAAGACAUACGCCUCAUUGGCUACUUCAAAGGAGAAGAUUCAUACUACAAAGCUUUUCAGGAGGCCUCAGAGCGAUUUCAACCUUACAUCAAGUUCUUUGCUACAUUUGAUAAAUCUGUAGCCAAACAUCUCUCCCUCAAGAUGAACGAGGUGAAUUUUUAUGAGCCGUUCAUGGAGGAGCCGGCCAUUCUGCCCGGCAGACCUCUGUCAGAGAUGGACAUUGUCGAGUUUGUGAACCAACACAGAAGGGCUACUCUGAGGAAGCUCCGGGCAGAGAAUAUGUUUGAAACUUGGGAGGACGACAUGGAUGGAAUACAUAUCGUUGCGUUUGCUGAGGAGGAAGAUCCAGAUGGCUAUGAAUUCCUGGAGAUCCUGAAAGACGUGGCCAGAGACAACACCAACAACCCAGAGCUCAGCAUCGUCUGGAUCGACCCUGAUGAUUUCCCUCUGCUGACCACUUACUGGGAAAUAACCUUCAAGUUGGACCUGUUUAGACCUCAGAUUGGUGUGGUAAACGUCACAGAUGCGGACAGCGUGUGGCUGGACAUGUCCAACGACGAGGACCUGCCCACUGCAGAGGACCUUGAGGACUGGAUAGAGGACGUCCUGUCAGGGAGGGUGAACACGGAGGACGAUGACGAGUCUGCUGACGACCAGGACAACCCUGACAGCUACAUCACAGAGGACAGCUAUGAAAGUCAGGACCAAGAUGAGGAAGAUGACAGCGAUGACUAACCUGAACAAACCAAAACAAUGAGCUGGAAGAUGCUAAAACACAUAAAGCUGAGGGGAACUGUAGAGUCUGAUUUUGAGUUUUAACAUUACAAAUAUGUUGAUAGAAAAAUUUAUAGAUGAUAAU